ACCAACUUAAGAAAACUGAAUUUCGUUUGGUUUCCGGGGUUUAUCCGAAAAGAAAAUCCGAGAGCUCUGCGUCUUUGCUUAUCUAUGGCUUCUUCCCUCUCCACCUAUCAACACCAUCUUCUUUCUCCUCAAUUUUCUUCAAAAACUAGUGCCAAUGGCGGCAAGCAGCUCUCCUCUCCAUUUCUUGCUUUACCCACUUCAGGGUUGUCUUCAAACUUCAAUUUCUCGCUAAAGUUCCUCAGCAAUGGCCAAUCUUCAUCACUUCUCUCUUCCCGUCCAAGGCGUCUCAGUGUCAUCUCAAUGGCGCCUCCCAAGGCCAAGCCUGGUGGAAAAUCCAAGAAGGUAAUUGGGAUGAUAAAGCUUGCUCUGGAGGCUGGCAAGGCUACCCCUGCUCCUCCCGUAGGCCCUGCUCUUGGUUCGAAGGGUGUCAAUAUUAUGGCCUUCUGUAAGGAUUACAAUGCUAAGACAGCCGACAAGGCCGGCUACGUUAUUCCCGUUGAAAUUACUGUUUACGAUGAUAAAAGUUUUACUUUCGUGUUGAAGACCCCACCUGCUUCAGUUCUUCUUCUCAAGGCUGCUGGAGUUGAAAAAGGAUCAAAAGAUCCACAGGCGGAGAAAGUGGGAAAGAUAACCAUUGAACAAUUGCGUGCGAUUGCUGCUGAAAAGUUACCAGAUUUGAAUUGCACAACCAUUGAAUCCGCAAUGAGAAUCAUAGCAGGUACAGCAGCCAAUAUGGGAAUUGAGGUUGACCCUCCUGUCCUCGAACCUAAGAAGAAGGAACUUGUGUAGCUAUUUGUGGUAAAUUGGUUUAUUCUUUUCCUUUUUUGUCGUCUUUAAUAUAUUUGAGGCAUCUUACUGUAAGAUGAUUUAUAAUUCCACAAUCAUGUCUCCUAUUCCUAUAUGGGUCUUAUGCUUGCUUUUACUUAA